AUAUAUCAAGUACAAGUCUUGAAACUCCAUGCAGACACAAAUUAGUGUGCUGCGAAGACUGAGAGUGAACUGGCUUCGUAUGGCGGUUUGCUCCUAUUUUAAGUAGAAUACCAUAUGGUCCAACCUAGGUACCUGUUCUGUACUUCAAAUAGGUUUCUAUAAUCUAAUAUGUGCAACCUUAAGUCAUCGGGAUGCUAUUCGCUAAGGUUCCACGACAGGCCAUGAUGUGAAUGAAAGAUUUAUAUGUAAAGAGAACCCCUAAGAAGAAUGCUAUUGUUCCUUUUAUUAGCAUGAAAGGGGUACAUCCAGACAAUGAACUCACUGGAAAGCAAGUAAAGAAGACAGUUAUUGUCUACAGAGUUUCGUGAGACAAAGAGCCUGUAACCAUAUAAGAGGCAGCUUUACUACCUAGGUGACCACUGGAAUACCAAUUACCUACCCAACAUCAACCAGUACCUAAUCAUCGAUAUAAUACAGCACAAUGAGCACUAACACAUCUACGCAAAGCUCAAGCAUUCGACUGAACCCCUGGCGGGAGCACGACAAACGAGUGCUUCGCCCUUGGAUGGACGAGCCCGAAGAGAUCAAGAACGAAGUCCGACUCGUCUACAAGAAGAAGCUACCGCAUCUGGACACGGUCGCAGCGGAGCUGGCACCUCUCCUCGGCCUCGGCGACACCUUGAUCGGCAGGCAGCGGAUGCAGAACCUAUUCACGCACCCGGCGCUUCUCAACUCGUUCGUCGAGUUCGCCGAGACGUAUAUAGAAGGGCGAUGGGACCUGCCCGUGGGCGAAUGGGCGACGGUCCACAAGCUCGCGCACACGCACGCCAAAGACGGAAUGUGGGAGUUGGAAGAGUCCCCGGCCCGGAAGGACUGGAACGUGAAUCACUUCUACACGCGGUUCAUACUCCGGAUGCUAGCGAGGCUCAGAGAUCCGGCCGAGGCGCCGAGAAACCUGGCAUAUUGGCUAGGAGAGGCGAGCCCGUGCGACGCGGCCUGGCUGCUCAUGCACGUGUUGAUGUACAUGCAGUGGGAUGCGAUGCGGGACAAUAGGAAACACGCUCCGGUGAAGGAUCGCGUUGGCCAUUUUAUUGAUAUGUGGAAAACGGACAGCGUGUAUGCAGAACCUACACAGCUGUAAUCAAUAUAUAUGAGUACUUUUCUUUUUGUAAAAGUAUUACCUGGGAGGUUAGGUGGCUAUAGAGCGAAGAUAGAAGGUGAGCUGGGAUUAGCUUUUCAAUUACUUCGUAUAGACUUGAAAUAAAACGUCGAAUGAAAAUUAAAUUGUAACCUCGCGCGCAUUGUAGUUUGUUCUGAUGUUUGACUAGUUGAUUUAGUCUACGACUCGCGCUCGCGAGCGCGAGUC